ACCACUUCACUUCGUCACUGCCCAAAUGGCGACCGCAGCCUCCGCGACACGCUUCCCGCUGCCCGCCACUCUGUCUCCCCGUUUCUCCGCCUACCGGAUCCCCGCCCUCCGCCUCGGCUCCACCGGCCGGCUCACGGUGCGAGCCAGUGUCUCCGUCGCCCCUCCUCCGUCGCCCGCGACGUCCCCAACCGGCAUCGUCCUCGUGGACCGCUCCGAGGCCGAAAAGGUCAACCGCCUCAAGACCGUUUACCUCGAGAAGGUCGUGCCCCUCCUCAAGGAGGAGUUCUCCUACGAGAACAUCCACGAGGUGCCAAAGAUAGAGAAGAUAGUGGUGAAUUGCGGGAUGGGAGAUGCGGAGCAGAAUUCGAAGGGGUUGGAGGCGGCAAUGAGAGACUUGGCGCUGAUCACCGGGCAGAGGCCGGUGAAGACCAAGGCGAAGAAGUCCAUUGCAAGAUUCAAGCUGAGGGAGGGCGCCACCGUCGGCAUUGCCGUCAACCUCCGUGGUAAUGUAAUAUAUUCCUUUCUGGAUCGGCUUGUAAACCUGGGUCUCCCUAGGACCAGAGAUUUCCAAGGUGUCGACCCCAACAGUUUCGAUGGGCAUGGAAACUACAGCACCGGAUUUCGUGAUCAAAGUGUGUUUCCGGAGAUCCGAUAUGAAGCCCUGGGUAAGCAGAAAGGAAUGGAUGUUUGCAUCACGACCACGGCCAAGACGGAUAAUGAGGCUCAAAGACUGCUUGCUCUCCUCGGCAUGCCAUAUCGUGAGGGGGCAGCCCCAACAGCAUUGAUGGUGCGCAAGAAGAAGAGAAAGGCCAGGCCGCCCAUUUUGAUACCAAAUCUAAGGGAAGAAAGUAGUAGCCAAAUCUUUUUAACAUGUUGUGGGAUCAAGUGAGCUCCAUGAUUCACGACCUGUUUCGAUCUAUUUUUUGGGUUCGUUGUGAGAUCAGAUGAACUCUAUGAUUCAAGUCCCGUUUCAAUCUACUUGUUAGG